AUGGCCAAAAUCGUACUCUUCUGCCUGCUGAGCCUCUUGGCAUGCGCUGCAGGUCAACGCAUCACGACAAUCCAUCUGGAUGGAGUGCAGUACUUCAUCAGCAGGAUGAACCCCUAUUCCCCGGAGCUUAACUACUUCCUGGCCUACCAAUACUGCCGCUCCUUGGGCCUGCAGCUGGCCUCGUUCGAGACGAAGGAGAAGGCCGAAUCGAUGACCACGUAUCUGAAGAACGCCGGUUACGGCAACUACGAUUUCUGGACCUCCGGAAAUCGCCUGGGCACGGGCAUGUUCCUAUGGAUGAGCACCGGUCUGCCGUUCAAUGCCACCUUCGACUUCUUCGAGAACUCGGCGGACGCCAUCUCGGCCGGUCUGCUCGAUCCCGUCGAUCACAACAGCAACACCUCGCCCCAGCGCACGGCUCGCGACAGCAGCAGUGGCGCCGAGAAGGGAUGCGUGAUCCUGAAGCAGCCCACGCUCAAGUGGAUGCCCGAGGACUGCUCGGCCGUCAAGGACUUCAUUUGCGAGCAGACCCGCUGCUACUACUACAACUAUGGCAGCAUCCCCGUCUCGUCGGCGCAGGGACGUCCCAUCACCUCGACCACUCCCCGACCGGCUGUCUCGCUGAUGAACCUGCAUGCCGCCGCCACCACCACGCCGCUGCCUCUGCUCAUGUCCACCAGUGGCGUCAUGUACUCCGCCGCCAAGGCCAAGUCCUCGCCAGCUGUGGGUCAUCGGCUCCCCGUCGAGGACUUCCAGCAGCAGCCCAUCACCUACAAGCUGAACCAUGACCGCUCGCUGCCCGACACUGAUGCCGCCGAUGUGGAUGUGGAGGAUCAGGAGCAGGUCGAUGUGGAGGCCGAGGAGCAUGAUGACCAUGAGGUUGAUGGCGAGGGCGAUGAGGAGCACGAGGGCGACAACUUUGGCGAGCAUGCCCGGGAGCUGGGCAAUGACAGCGAUGGCGACAUCAAGGAGCAUGUCUUCCCGCUCAGCGACAACGAGCUGCAUCCCGAAAUGCAUGCCAUCGAGGAGGUGCAGCAGCAGUUGCAGCAGCAGCACCAGCAGCAGGAUCAGGAUUCAGUAGCCCCUGCACCCGCAUCCGAGGAGACCGACAGCUCCCAGCAGCACGAUUCGGAGCCGGAGGGAGACAAUGAGCAUGAGCUGGAGACAGAGCCAGAGCCAGAGCCAGAGUCGGACAACGAGUCGCAAGUGAACGCCCAUGCCAGCGAACCUGUGGUCCUGCCCAGUUCCACGGAGUCCCCGGCUGCCGCCAUUGAGGAGCGCAUCAAGCAGAUUGCCCAGGACUUCCAGAAGAUGGCCAGCUCCCAGGAGCUGCUGCAGCCCAAGGAGGAGCUGACACCGCAGUCCUCGCUGUCCCUCAACGACCUGAUACGCACCCUGCGCCCCAAUGAGCAGCAGAUCAUUCCGCAAAUCGACUCGGACUACUCCAAUGCCAUGCGUGUCCUGGGCAAGCCACUGGCGGCCCACAACUAG